AUGGCUGUGCAAUCGCACACUCGCUCUGAAAUUACAAUUGUUGGGCUUGGUGUGCUUGUGACAUGCACAAUCUACUUUACAAUGCGACAAACGCUUGCAGCAUACCGCGAUAGUUUCAUCAUUCCCCCCUCUGAAAACAAACCGCAGUAUAUCACACAAGAAGUUGAAGAUUCGUUGAAAUUAAGCACACUCGAAAAACUCGUUGAUAGCCCUAGCUGGGUCAUACGAGAUACUACUAACACUAUCAUUUGCGAGCGCGCCUUACACGAUGAAGCCUCCUUGACGACUGUCCUCCACUGCCUCACUCAACCAGAGUAUGAACCUCGAGAAAAGGGGAUUAGAGCCCUAAAAAUGAUGAUUAACAACCAUGCGCUUGGAUUUCUUCACAACCCUAGGGGUUACACAGCCCUGGUUAAGUGUCUAGAAAACUGCGUAAACGACUACGAGCACAAUGAAUUUGAUCCAGACUGGGAUAAUUGGCAUUUUCGUGAUGUUGUCGAGAAGAUUACCCUCGGAUUCUUGCUCCAAAUGGUCGAAAAAUAUGGGCCUAAUCGUUUGCUUAGACAUCGGUUUAUCGAGUGCUGGCUGGCCAAAGAACCUUGGGGUGCCACUGAGGCGGAGAGACUCACCAAUUUCAUGACCCUUCUCCGAAGUAGCGAUCAAAAGCUAAGUGGCUUAGUCAAACCAAUAUCUCGAGACUUCACCGGACGGAGACUACUUCUCAAAUCUAAGUUGGUCUCUGAGACCUCGGAUGAAUUGAGCACGAAUAUUUCAACAUCGGACGAAAGUACGAAUGCAGAUAAUUAUUCUGAGCAAUCAUCCGAUCUGCUACGACGGCGUUAUCAAAACUCUGCUGAUGAAAAUAUGCGCAGACGUCAUCGAGAGGCUAUGGUACUCAACGAUGGAUCUAGACCUCUAGGUAGAAGCGACAUAUUUCAACGUGAGCGCUGA